CUGCAACCUCUUAAAGGGCACCUGCUCCCCUCUGACCCCCGCCCCCCUCCCCUCUCCGCCGCUCAACUCUCUGCUUCCUGAUUCCAACCUCUCCUCCCACUCUUCCACGCUCGCUUAGUCUCGCUAUCUUUCACUUUCGAUAUAUUCGAUCGCAGCUUCUUCUUCUCUCCUGCUUGCUCCCAUGGCCGACGAGGCGAAAGGCAGGGGCAACGCGGCCUUCUCCGCCGGCCGCUUCGAGGAGGCAAUCCGCCACUUCUCGGAGGCGAUCGAGCUCGCCCCCACCAACCACGUCCUCUACUCCAACCGCUCCGCUGCCUACGCGUCCCUCGAACGCUACGCCGAGGCCCUCACCGACGCCCUCAAGACAGUCGAGCUCAAGCCCGAUUGGUCCAAGGGCUACAGCCGCCUCGGCGCCGCCCACCUGGGCCUCGGCAGCGCCGACGAGGCUGUCUCCGCCUACGAGAAGGGCCUCGAGCUCGAUCCCUCCAAUGAGGCCCUCAAGUCCGGCCUCGCCGACGCCCGCCGCCGCGCCCGGCUGCCGGGGGCCUCGCCCUUUGGCAAGAUUUUCCAGGGGCCGGAUCUGUGGGCCAAGCUCACCGCGGAUCCGACCACCAGGGGGUACCUCCAGCAGUCGGAUUUCGUCAAGAUGAUCCAAGACGUGCAGAAAAACCCUAACAACAUCAACCUGUACCUCUCGGACCAGAGGAUGAUGCAGGUGCUCGGUGUCCUUCUCAAUGUGAAGAUGAGGGCGCCUACUGAUGAGAUGGAGAGGGACUUCCCGGAACCAGAGCCAGUGAAGCCCCAGCAGGAGCCUGCAAAGAGGGCACCGGAACCAGAGCCGAAGCCUGAGCCGAUGGAAGUAUCGGAGGAGGAGAAGGAAGAAAGGGAAAGGAAAGCGGAGGCACAGAAGGAGAAGGAGGCGGGUAAUAUGGCGUACAAAAAGAAGGACUUCGAGACGGCAAUCCAGCAUUACACUCGAGCGAUAGAGCUUGAUGAUGGGGACAUAUCGUUCCUCACCAACAGGGCUGCAGUUUACCUGGAGAUGGGAAAGUAUGAAGAUUGUAUAAAGGAUUGUGAUAAAGCUGUUGAGAGGGGCAGAGAGCUUCAUUCUGACUUUAAAAUGAUAGCAAAGGCAUUGACUAGGAAAGGAACUGCACUAGGGAAGCUUGCUAAAUGCUCAAAGGACUAUGAACCUGCUAUUGAGACCUUCCAGAAAGCUCUAACUGAACAUCGUAAUCCUGACACGUUGAAAAAGCUUAAUGAAGCUGAGAGGGCAAAGAAAGAACUAGAGCAGCAAGAGUACUUUGAUCCUAAAAUAGCUGAUGAAGAACGUGAGAAGGGCAACGAGCUUUUCAAGCAACAAAAAUACCCAGAAGCAGUGAAACACUACACUGAAGCUUUAAGAAGGAAUCCAAAGGAUCCAAGGGUAUACAGCAACAGAGCUGCUUGCUACACUAAGUUGGGUGCUAUGCCUGAGGGUCUGAAAGAUGCAGAGAAGUGCAUUGAGCUGGAUCCAUCAUUUUCCAAAGGAUACACAAGGAAAGGUGCACUUCAGUUCUUAAUGAAAGAACAUGACAAGGCAUUAGAAACAUACCAGGAGGGCUUAAAACAUGACCCAAACAAUCAGGAACUGAUGGAUGGUGUGAGGAGGUGCAUAGAACAGAUUAAUAAGACUAAUAGGGGCGAGAUAAGCGCAGAGGAUUUGAAAGAGAGACAGGCAAAGGCUAUGCAGGAUCCAGAAAUACAGAAUAUCUUGUCUGAUCCCAUUAUGCGUCAGGUAUUGAUCGACUUCCAGGAGAACCCUAGGGCUGCCCAGGAACAUCUUAAGAAUCCUCAGGUGAUGCACAAGAUACAGAAGCUUGUUGGCGCUGGAAUAGUCCAAAUGAGAUGAACGAUGUUUGUUCAACCGUAGUGUGUUUAACAUAAGCUGCCCAUGUAUCAUUGGAUACCUCUUGGACUGAUACUUGUUAAUUUGAGGUUUUUGUUUGUCUCGUGGACUUAAUAUUUUGUCAAGAGAGGAUUUUACUUUUUACUAAAUUUAGUUUCUGCAAUUGUGGCUAGUUGUUUA